AGGCGGCCGCCAGUUCCUGUAUAUAAGCGACGUUGCACUUCCACUCUUCACAUUGCACAGCUAAGCUUUAACCAACAAUGAAUAGCAUCAAAGCCGUGAUUGUGUGUUGCCUCGUGGUGGCCGUCUCCGCCGGUGUAGACCGAAGGAGAGGUGGACAAGGAUCCAACAGAUUCCUUCCUGGAGCCUUCGCUGGCGUCCACGGAAGCGGUCUCUUCGGCAGCGGUUUUAAUGGUGGCGGAAUCCAUGGUGGAAUUCAUGGUGGCGGUAUCAUUGGUGGAAUACACGGUGGCAGUGGAAUCUCCAAUGGCCCAAGUGAAUGCCGAUAUUGGUGCAAGACUCCGGAGGGUCAAGCCUACUGCUGCGAGACGGUGCAUGAACCAGAGACACCUGUUGGCACCAAGCCACUGGAUUGCCCACAAGUCCGUCCCACAUGCCCACGUUUCCAUGGGCCCCCCAAUACCUGUUCCAACGACUUCAAGUGUGCUGGCCUCGAUAAGUGUUGCUUCGACAGGUGUUUGGGAGAACACGUAUGCAAACCUCCCUCAUUUUUCAAUAACCAUCUCCCAUUUUAAAGCUAGGUAUCCAAGAUAAAUAGUGAAAGAUCGUUCUUCGAUUAUGAACGGAGGAUGUGAAAUCUGUGAUCCGAACAUUUUUAUUUUCAUAUAAUAAAGGCAUGAAUACCUAAA